AUGUAACAUCUGCAAGAAGUUAAUGAAAACAAUAUGAAUUUGUAAAUAUAAGUAAUAUUAAGUAGGUAUAGGAAUAUAUAUAUCAUAUUCGGCUAUUGCAAUCGAAUGCAGUUGUUCUAAAAAUGUUGCUGAUGUAUCAGGUAUUAUGUGUGCUCUUGUUUGGAGUGGUUUAUGUAACUUGUGGAUCGAAUGAAUGUCUGUCACAACCAGACUAUCAGUUGCAGGGAUACAGUUACAGCGGAAAAGGUCUUCGGUCAAGUGACCCAUCUGUAAAACAGUUACGACUCAAGAGGUCAAAUAUCGAUGAACAAGGAAUGUUGGAUCGUCUAAAAAAGUACUGCUAUAAAAGCAAUUUCCGUUCCGCCACUGCCAAACAUGACGAUUACAGUUCUGAUCCAUACACAGAGCCACAAAAAGGAAAAUGGGUUGUUACUUCAUUAUGCGACUCUAAUCCUACUUCUACUACGUUUAAAGGAAAAUGGGUAGAUGGUUGUUGGCUAUACCGUGAAUGGAGGAAUUGGGUGUGCCCACAUGUUAAAUGUAACCCGAAGUUAUGUGAUGGAAUAACAUCACCAAAUAGGUACACGUGGUUUGUGUGUCAGCCUGACAGUUACUAUUAUAUAGAUCUACUGGUGGCCUGUCCAAAAAAUGGAAAAUGGUUCUUAACAACUAAAAGAGCUUGGCUCCCACGGUGUUGUGGAUGUAAAAAAUAUUCAUGGCAAUGUGUUUGAGACAAAAGUGUAGAACGAUUAUCAUGACAUUAAAUAUAUUUAAGCUUACAAAUAACUUGU